GCCGAAGACGGGGGAUGAGAAGUGCUAGGGAUUGUAAAUGGGGAGUAGGUCACCUAAAAUCAUCAUCAUCACAGACAUUCGCAUUCACUCAUUCAACCUCAAUCCAUUCCUCAUACUCACUCCCUCUCUUACUCACUCACAAUGUCUGGUCUCUUUGCUCGUCAAGCUUGGGCUUCUGCCUCUAAGCUCCGAUCCACUGCUCUUCGAGCUCCCAAGACUGCCUUUGCCUGCAAAGUCAACAGCAUUGCUCCCCGACGAUGCUUCUCAGUUUCCAUGAACCUCCUCGCGAGGAAAUACACUGAGAGCCACGAGUGGGUUGACGUCGCCGCCGAUGGCAAGACCUGCACAAUUGGCAUCUCCAACUACGCUGCUGAAGCUCUCGGCGACGUUGUCUACGUGGAGCUUCCCUCUCAGGGCGAGGAUGUCUCUGAGGGCGAGUCUUUCGGUAGCGUCGAGUCCGUCAAGUCUGCUUCUGACAUCAACUCUCCUGUAUCAGGCUCUGUCGUGGCGGUCAACGAUCCCAUCGUCGACACACCCGCUGAUCUUGGAAAGGAUCCUGAGGGUGAGGGCUGGUUGAUCAAGGUUGAGGCUGAGGAUGUUUCUGCCCUUGAUUCAUUGAUGGACGAGGCUGCUUAUGCUAAGCACCUUGAGGAGCAUUAAGCGAUGGUUUUUGAUUAUAUUAAAUAAUUGGUGAUUUAAAAGCAAAUGAUAUCAGAUUUUUCGCAUUCA